AUGUAAUAUAACUACAACUAAGAUUUUGAGGAUUAAUUGCUAAAUUUAAUUAAUUAGGAAAUACCAAAUACCCUCCUUUUAUCUCUAGAAGCAUUAGCUAAAGCACUUAAGAUGACAAAAUUAAAAGGGGCCUUGUAUCCUUUUGGGUCUUAUUGUAAUGGAUUUGGAAGCGAAAUUAAAGAUUUAGACUGUGUCUUCUUAACUCCUUGUGAUGAUAAAUCUUCAAGUUUGUUAAGAUAAGUUCAUGCAGGAAUUAGAGAUUAUAACCAUUAAAAUCUAUAGCCUACAUUAUAAGUUCAAGCACACAUCACACAUGCCAAGGUUCCGAUUAUUAAAUUGGUUGAUACUACAAAUAAUGUUGAAAUAGAUCUGAGUGUUAAUAACAUUAAUGGGAUAGCUAAUUCCAAAUUACUUUAUGAAUAUUCAUAACUGCAUCCUAAAAUUAAACAGAUGGGACUAUUAUUAAAAUUGUGGGGUAAAAGAAAUAGAUUAAUCAAAACUGGCUCUUUAACAUCUUAUAGUAUUAUUAUCUUUAUGAUACACUUUUUAUAAGUAAAAUAUAAAGUACCUUACUUAUCCGAUUUUUAAUUGAGUGAAUAGCAACUAAAAGACUUAGAACAUUUAGAAAACAAUCCCUUUUUUUCGAUAGGUUUAAAAGUUGAUUUACCUGAACUCACCUAAACAUCUUUAUAAUAGUUAUUGUACGAAUUCUUCUUAUAUUAUUAACCUAAGGGUGAGUUUGAAUUAAAAAACAUAUGUAUAUCAAUUCAUAGGGUGCCUAUUUAAAAUGUUCACCCUAAUUUUACCUUAAAGAUUUAAGAUCCCAUUAAUAUGAGAUAAGAUCCAAGCAAAAGGUUUGAACAUUAAUGUUGUGAGUUUUAGAAUGCUUUUCUAAAGGCUAAAAUAUUGAUAUAAUAACAUGAUAUACGAGCAUUUGAUAAGAAUGAUAUUUAAAAAAAUAAAGGUAGUCAGGGUAACAAAGGACAUUAAUAGGUUUAAUAAUUCUGA